AUGACCUUGCUGAUAGACAACCUUCUGAACAGCAAUGUCAAACAGCCAGACAAAGGUUUGCAUGAAGUUCGGCGAUGGACCGAGCUACGGUCGGACCUCUCCGAAUCCCAGGAGGUGUGCAAAAAGGAGUGGCCCAUUCAUGUGGCGCAGGUUCUGGAUGAAAAGCCAACUCUGUUGAUGGACGAAUUGCUCACCCAGCACGACUUUCCAGAUCGCCACCUUGUGAAGCACAUGACGCAGGGGUUUAGGCUUACGGGCUGGGUUUGUAGAUCGGGUCUUUUUCCCUUUGACCCUAAGCCUCCCGCCUCCACCUUAAAAAGUCAGCUCUCUAUGGCCAAGUCCAGAAACACCGCCACCUUGACGAAGCUCUCCAAACAGGCUCCUGAUGAGGUGUCUCGUCGUGCCUGGGCUGAAACGCUUGAAGAAGUUGACAAAGGUUGGAUUGAGGAAGACGAAAACCCAGAUCUUUCUACGGUCCUUGUUGCCAAGCGGUUUGGGCUUUUACAAGGUCCAAAGGUCAGAGUCAUAGACGACUGCCGUGCUUGUGCUUACAACUUGUUAGCAGGCAUCCCUGAGAAAUACAGAUUACAGAGCGUCGAAUACAUCGCUGCCUUCCUCUUGCGAGCCAUGCUUGACCCUCGCAGCAAAGGCGUUAGCAUCUCAGGGAAGACACUUGAUUUGACUGCGGCGUACAAACAGUACGCCACACAUCCCUUCGAUCGUGACCUUUUACGGAUUGGCGUUAAAGACACUUCAAGCGGACACGUUCGCACUUUCAAAGUGAAUUCCUUGCCUUUCGGAGCUACGGGUAGUGUGUCAAGCUUUCUCCGAUGUGCAGCUGCGAUCUGGUUCUUGGGAUCCCAUGCAUUGGGAAUCCCAUGGACCAACUAUUUUGACGAUUUCCCGAUCUUCUCCAAAGAUUCCGACUGCGACCUGGUGGAAGAAGUAGCCACCAGUUUUCUCGACCUUUUGCACGUGUACUUUGCACGUGCUGGCAAGAAAGCCACUGUGUUUACAAAGGCUUUCAAAGCGCUCGGCCUUAUCAUCGAUUUGAGCCAUUUCGGCGAAGGAUAUGUGACCAUCGGUCAUACUCAAGAACGUGGGGAUGAGCUGCGUGCGACAAUCACCCGCAUUCUUGAGUCCAACCGCCUUUCGCACGCUGAAGCCGAAAGCUUGCGAGGCAGGCUCCACUGGUACACUUCCUUUCUUUUUGGACGCAGAUCUUCUCAAGCUUUGAACGUCCUGAGCGACUGGGUAAAUCGAAGUGCAUCAAAAGGCGCGCUGCCUACGGAACUCCGAGAGUCCCUCACGUUCCUCAGGGACGUAGCUCUCCAUUCUGAGCCGCUGAAAAUUUCGAGGAGUUUGCAGCGAACUUUCUUGAUUUUUACUGACGGCAGCCUGGAGGGAAACUUUGCUUGUGUGGGAGGCAUUCUGCACGAUAGCCAAGGCGUGCCCCUAGCCUUUUUCUCGGUCAAGCUGAACCAAGAAACCAAACUGGAGAACAGCGACCUCCACCUGAACCAUGGUCCCAAUGUUUUUGAGAGUGCAGAGAAGAUCUCCGUCGAGUCCCUCCCCGAGGUGUUCCGUUCCGACACCGCGGAUUUCUUUGAGAUUGCCAGUGGUGAGGAGCACUCAAUCGUUCAAGAAGGUGCAGAUUUUCAGGUUCUGGCUGCGUCCGAUUCUUCCUCAUCUACUAUAACCCUGAGAUGUGAAGCCUUGGCUCGCGAGAAGCUGCGCAUGAAAGCCUUGUCUUUUGCCGACCUCUACGAGAUCGUCCAGCUCGUGCCGCUCCGGAAGACCAAGAAGCACAGGCAGGAUGAGAAUGCACAGGUCCUCUUUUUCGUCUGCUCUACGUUUGCAGCCGUUGUGUUUCAGGCAAUUGCCAGCACCUCAGCGGGAAUGUCGGAUACUACCAACCCGGAAGAGGUUUUGGAGACUGAAGCGGAAAUGUCUUCGUGGAGCUCAGCUUUCGACUUUUUAGAUGAGCCGGCUCAGACGAACCGACAAAACAAAAAGAAGAAAAAGAAGGAUGGACGGGACCGGCGAGCCCGCAAGAAGCCCUCUGAGAAGGCCGGCAAGAAGCUCGUGAUCAGCUCGGAUUCUGCAGAGAUUGCUGAGUUUAAUAUACAGCAGCAGGCGAGCAGCUCUAAUGAGCAUGCUACGAACAUCGUGCCAAUGGCUGAAUCAGGCAUGCAGACGGCCCCUGAGGAACUCCAGACUUCUGGAGAGUUCACCUUCGUUGCGGUGUGGCGGCCAGGACCUCCCCCACCGCGAAUUGGCAAGACACGUGCUGUUGCGAAGAUGUUAGUUCGCGCGGGAGCAGAAACCGUGAUCGCAGACGCGACCGGGAAUCAAGAUCGGUGGGAGCGCGAGCUGCUGCGCCUUUUCCCCCGCCAUUGCCUCAGCUGCCGGCAGCAGCGCCGGGAUACGAAUGGAGGCAAGUACCAGUGGCCAGCAGAAGCAGGGCCAAUGGAACAAGCGCUGGAACCAGUGGCAUCGGUCCAGCCAGGGGAGGCCACUCCUUCUGAAGUGGCCACGGCCGACGCCCGUCGGGCUGCCAAAGAGGCUGAUCAGGACGAGGCGGACGACGAAACGUCGUACCUCGCAUCUCUGUGGAAGUCGGCGGAGGAUGAAGCGCGCGCAGACCCCACUCGACCAUUGUCAGCUCGGGAACUGGCAGAGCAAGGAAAACUGCAGUGGUGGUGGAAGAUGCCUUGGAAGGCCGUCGUCGAAAAGUUCCCCGACACGGCUGCCUACAAGGAAUUCUUGGAAGGACUUGAAGGUCCAAUACCGGCCUCUGUGAUCUCCCGAGUGGCCACGGUCCUUGCUGCCUUUCGGGCUUACGGCCGCCCCCUCGAGGGGGAGAAUCCUGUGGCGGGCGUCGUCGGACCCGAUGCUCACAUUUUUCGGGUGCCUGGGCAACGAAUUUUGAUCUUAUCCUGCGAAUUGCGCGGGCCAAGCUAUAUCCGCAAUCCGAACUCGGAACACUCUGCUAUCAUGGCUCAUGGUACCUCGUUCCCAUCUUUAGUCGGCGUGGCGGAGAUAGGGGAGAUCGCGGUGAACGAUUAUCGCGAUCAGGGAAUUCCCUGCUUCGGCUUUUCGGCACGAGGUUCAUUGGUCGCACUGUCGCGAGAUGCACUGGAAAGUGCAGCGACAAAAUGCGCGAGUCGGGCUAAAGCCCUGGGUGGUGCGAUUAUCCUCGUAGAGUGCGAGUUGCCACGGAGCACCCCCUCUGUGGAGGGGGGGAACGAAAUGAUGCAGAUCUGUUGCCGGGACGCUGGCUCGGCGUACCGCCGGGUCCUCACAUUACUUCAUGCCUUUUCGAGUUUCUUUGACCUGUGUACUUUGAUGGCGGAUGACGAGGAGGACGGCCCGGAUUCUGUUCAGGCAGUUUUGGCAGGGAAAUCACCGAACACCAUCUUGAAACAUGUGGGUCCGGUUCGUACUCUUUGCGAGUGGCUUUUGAAAGCAAGUCAGACUCCGCCUUUUGCGGAGAAAGUCUUGUGGUCUUGUGUCCUCAAGAUGCCUAAGACCGCGGCCACCACACUGGACAGUAGUCUGCGUGCUAUCAAGUGGAGUUAUUAUACCUUGGGACUACGCGUUCAACUAGAGGUCUUCAGCAGUCCUCGAAUUCAUGGUGUGGUGAAGAAGGCGCUACAGACUAAAAACCCGUGGUGCCCGGCGUCACCCCUCAAGGUGUCCGAAGUUCUCCAGUUGCACGCGAUCUGUUGUGAUCGCGAUAUUUCUGUCAUUGAUAGAUGCGGGGCGGCACAUUUCCUUGCUAUACUCUACGCGAGGGCGCGAGCAUCGGACAUCCGGUGUGUCAAAAGUAUCUUGAUAGACGUGCACAACGAGGACUGGAGUUCGGGCUUCAUUGAACUAGGGACGCUUGAACACAAGACGUCUAGGCUGGACACUCAACGACGCCGCAUACUGCCUCUGGUGAUUCCCGGCCAGGGUAUUGCUAAAACGCCUUUUGGUCAGCUCCUCCUGGACAUUAGGGCUGAGGCUGGCUUGCCGAACGAUCAGGCUGAUGUCCCAUUCUUGCCGGCACCUCUGCCGGAUGGCUCUUGGUCUUCAGACCCGUUGUCUAGCAGCGAGAUCACCAGGUGGCUGAGGUAUCUACUGCCACGUCCCUCGACGGAGCAGGCCGUCAGUUCGCACUCAUUGAAGGUUACUUCACUUGUUUGGUGUAGCAAAUUCGGGAUGCUUCGCGAGACCAAGCGAGUUUUAGGCCAUCACGCGGAUGCAGCGACUGGAAGUGAUGCAGUUUAUGGGCGUGAGUUGCAGAGCGCGGCACUACGUGAGUACGUUGUCGUACUGGAUGCAGUGGCGACGGGUAAGUUCCUGCCAGACCAGACUCGUUCGGGUCAUUUCUCAUCAGGUUGGACUCGGGAGUCCAUCCUGCAGGCGGCUGCUUUUCCACAGGACUCGGAAGUCCUGCAGGCGGCGGUGGAAGAUGACCAAGAUGAGGCUUUGGCUGUGGUUUCUGAUGUUUCAGACUCUGAUGAAGAAGCCCCGGAGGAACAAUCUUUCUGGGCUCAUCCGACUAGCCAGGUCCUGCAUCGCACGACUUUGGGGUACUUAGCCAUGACGAGUUCCGUAGAUUCGGCACCUUUCUUUGUGCAGCGAGCGGAUGAAAUCUCGCUUGCCAAGCGAGUAGUGGAUGCCUUGAAAGGUAAAGGGGUCACCACUUUGGCCCAGCUGGCCUUUUGUGUCGGACAACCGGGACAGGUGCUAUCUCAGACUGAGUUUGACACGUGGAGCGAGGCCAUGUUGGUAGGCAUCACGGUGGGCGAGAAGGCGUCUCUGAGGCGCCUGAUCUUGGAAGCUCAGACCAUGCUAGUGGCUUCUUUGAAGGAUCUGGCAGAACCUGCUGAACACGCUUCCCCUAAAAAGGUGGGGGUAGCCGAGCGGAAUGCUCGCAUGGAUCAGCUUCGGACUCAGCUCGCCGGAGUUUCGCUCACUGGACAGCUUGAGCCGAGUCAUGCAUUACUUGACAUGGCCGUUCAGCAGUGGGAGAGUCGCUGCCUGAAGUACAUUGGUCCGGAGAAGUGUCAUAGCCGCGAGGAUGAGGUUCAGAACGUUAAGCCUUUGACCACCAGUCUUUCCUUGGAAGGCGGUAAGCUGAAGGUUACGGAGGCUGCUGGUAUGGAUGAUCGUGACAUUGAGGGCUCUUUGCAGGUCCUUAAUGCCCUGCGCCGCAGAGGAGUGGCUUACGCAUUUGCUCGCUUGAUCAGUUGGGAAAGACAUGAAGCUUAUGUUUCUUCCUUGUUCAGGUAUUUGACCAAGCCCGCUCAGCCUGGUUACAGGAAGGUGUCUCUUCGUCAGAUCUUGCGGGCUGACAAGCUUGCCUUCUCCAAGUUGUCGGAGGCUGGUGAGGAUAUCCGGGCAGAUGCUUCAGGCACUCUCCCGCUCGAUGCCGCGAUCGGGGCUAUCCUGCACGAUUACGACCUAAUUGUAGCUCUCCUGCCUAUGGGUGAUUUGGAUGGUAAGGGCAAGAAUGCUAAUGGCCGCGGUGGGCGCCCGGGUCCUUACAGCGAUAAUGCGCCCUGGAAGGGGAAGAACAGGGAAAGGCAAAAACACAUGGCAGGCCAAGGGCAAGUCGCCCAAGGGCAAAGGCUCUGGAGCCGGGAAACCGGAAUGGUUGCCUGA